UGGGUGCACACGCUAACAUGAGAUAGUUAUCGAUAGUUCCCAUGCCAUUUUGCCAGCUCUAGCGUUUGCUUUGGUUGAAAAUACAAUUAAAAAUUGAUUUCGAAGUAUUUAAAUAUUCAGCAUCGCCAGCCAUAAAAAUCUGCAAAAAACGAGCGGUGGCGGCAUCGAAAAUACCGAAAGAAGCAGAAAAAGAAAAAUUUGCAAGGCUGCGUCUGUGUGAGUGAGCGUGUGCGAGCGCGCCCGUGUGUGUUUGUGUGUACGAGUCUUUUUUUUGCCUUUGGUGCGUGCGCUGUUAUUCGUAGGGAGCCCGAGCCCACCAACAAAUAAGUAGAAGGAAAACACACAAAAACAAGAAAACUGCAAGGAAUAAUAACCCAAGAGCGACCACCCAAAAAUACACAACAAACAAGUGCCGUUGCAAUGGAGAAGAGAAUAGAGCUGGAGCGUCGCGCACGCAAAGUAAAUCAGAUCACAGAACUGAAUCUGGACAAUUGCCGAAGUACAAGCAUUGUUGGCCUUACAGACGAAUACACCGCCCUGGAAUCGCUUAGCUUGAUUAAUGUGGGCCUCACCACACUCAAAGGUUUCCCCAAGCUUCCCAAUUUGAAGAAGUUGGAGCUGUCCGACAACCGCAUUUCGAGCGGCCUAAACUAUCUGACCACCAGCCCCAAACUGCAAUAUUUGAACUUGUCCGGUAACAAGAUCAAAGACCUGGAGACUCUAAAGCCCCUGGAGGAGUUUAAGAAUCUGGAUGUGCUUGACCUGUUUAAUAACGAUGCCACUCAGGUGGAUAAUUAUCGCGAGAAGAUCUUUAAGAUGCUUCCGUCGUUAAGCUUCCUUGAUGGUUUUGACUGUAACGACGAGGAAGCGCAAUCUGAUGGCGAUGAUGAUGAUGAGGUCAACGGCAACGACUCCGAGGAGGAAGAUAAGCGCAGUGCCUUCUGUUUGAAUGGGUUAGAAAUCGAUUUAGACGAGCUCGAGGCAUUGGAGCAGCGGGUCAAGGCGAAAAAGAUUUUGCAGGACAAACCGCCUCCAAAGUCGGAUGACAAUGAAGUAGACGAAUUAGAUGAGUAUCUAAAAGAGUUGCAGUUGAGGGAAUCCACAUCUGCCGCCACCGCUGAGCAAUCUGUGAUAACGGCGACCCAACAGUCUCCUAACAAUUCCAGCAUAAAUUUUGCUAUCCUGCUUUACUGGUUCCUUGCCAUUUUAAAUCUGGCCAAUGCCACAUAUUUUUCCGGUGAUGAUGACGACGAAGAGGGUGACAGCGAUGAUAGUGACGAGGAGGACAAUGGCGAGGUGUCCCUAUCGGAGGUGUACAACGACGAUUUGGAGGAGGACAACUCCGAUUGGGAAGGCGAGGGCGAAGGCGGCGAGGACGACGAGGAUGAGGAUUCCGAUAUUGAUGAUGCCGAUGGUGAUGCAAACGAAUCGGCUGCAUCGGUAAAUGCCAAGAACGAUAAGGAUGUCGAGAAGGCAGGAGAUGAAUCGCAUGCCCGGGGCAAGAAGAGAAAGCAUGAUGGUUAAACCUUUGAUCUGUCGCUGUAUCGUCUUUGUACGUUAUAAAUUUAAAUAUACACCCACACACACACACACAAAACCAACACAGCCACACACAUCAUAUUUUGAUAGAAAAAAGAUUAACCCUUUAGGAAGCCCACAAUUUGUUUCUCUAUAAUGUAAGCUAAAGAAAAUGAAAAAAAAAAAACUAUUAAGAACCCAAAACAACAAACACAGCAGAAAAAGGCGGAGUAAAAUGAACGUAAUAAUCAAACAAAGCAAAGCAAAAGAAAAGAAAAGAAAUGAUAUGUUUAAGCGAAAAACACGAAGAGGAAUACAAGAGAAACCAAGCAAGCAACCAAGAAAACGAAACCGCAUUACUAUAGCCUCAUCCGAACCCAAGUUCCAGUUUUAACACCUUCGUCCGCCGGAUUUGCAAUAUGAAAUCCGCUUUACAUUGUAAAAUUCAUUAACCCUGUACGAUUUUAUAGCCAUCUGAUGAUAAAUUUCAACAUAGAAAUGCUUUCGGACAUUGUUCAACUUUUUAUUUGUACAACUGCGGCUUUGUCAAAGUUUCACGUGAAAACGAUCACACAAUUACUGCUAAGAACUUUUAACUAACUCUUAAGUCAUUCCUUCUUUAAAUACGCAUAAGUUAAGCGAAAUCCAACUUCAUUCACUUUCUGCGCAAGGUGAUUGAUCUACCCACAUUUUCAUUGUUACCCACCUCCCCGACAUAUAAACUUUAUCCGCGUCUCUCUUUAAGCGUAAUGCCUCCAUCACUGAGCAUCCCAAAUUGUUUUCCUUUAUGUACUUUUAAGCAAGACUUUUUACCACAUACCGAAUGUUUCCACUUAUUCAACGGCAGUAGAAUUGUUUCAUUGAAAGUGGCGAGUAAAUCUUAUCCACAAACAGUUUUAGACAAGAUUUUUCGUUUAAUAAACAAGUAAGCAACCAUUAUGAUUAAUGAAGGACCCGCGUUUAUUUAACGAGAUGAGAUGUGUCAGUACCAGCCCAUUGAAACUGAAAUACAUAAACUAAAUCAUUUUAAA